CACACACAAUAGCAGCCUCCACACCUGCGAGCACUCUCGCUCUCUUCUCCGACGCGGUCGCACCUCUCCCUCCAUUCCUCUGUGGCUGCGUUCCUAGCUUCUAACCCGCCGCUCUCGCGUUCCCCCAUUCCUCUGCUUCGUCCCUUCGCCGCCGUCCCUCACUCGUCCAAAGGAUUCGGUAAGAGAGAUGGGGGCCAAGGCAAAGAAAGCUAUGAAGAAGAGUUUGAAGAAGGCUACUUCUACCAAGCCAUCAUCUUCUUCCAUCAACAAAUCAGAGGCUUCUGAUUAUUUGCCCUUGGAAGGUGGUCCUGCUCGCAAGCUCCCUGAACAGAAGCCUUUGGAGAGUGCCGCAACGGUGUUGUAUAUCGGCCGCAUUCCGCAUGGGUUUUAUGAGGAGGAGAUGCAAGGUUUUUUUGGACAAUUUGGAACGGUCAAGAGAUUGAGAAUUGCAAGAAAUAAGAAAACAGGAAAAUCAAGGCAUUUUGGGUUCAUCGAAUUUCAGUCUCCUGAGGUAGCUAAAGUUGUAGCCGAAACUAUGCACAAUUAUCUGCUUUUCGAACACCUUCUCCAAGUCCACUUGAUACCCCCUGAGGAAGUUCAUCCACGAUUAUGGAGAGGUUUCAAUUACAAGCACAAACCAAUCGAUUCAGUACAACUUGAACGAGGGCGACAUGACAAGGAAAGAACAUUGGAAGAGUACAAUAAGUUGGUAGAAAAGAUUGUGAAGCGUGACAAUAAACGACGAAAAAGGUUGGAGGCUGCUGGCAUUGAUUACGAGUGCCCUGCGAUUGUUGGUAACAUCCAUCCCGCACCGAAGAAAAUAAAGUUUGAAGACUAAGGAGGAAUGGAUCUUGCAAUAUGCUGUUCUUGAUGUUUGUCAGGGUGCAUAUUUUCUAUAUACCAUACAUAAUGAAAGAUAUGAUUUUGCUGAGUGUACUGAAGAGUUUGGUAGAGGAAGAAUGCUGUUCUACUAGGGUUGACGUGAGAAUUGCCGUUUUAGGAAUUUGUUUAUCUUUGGCAGUGAAUUAUUGAAUUGUUAUCUUUUCUAUAGUAUUAGAGCCUACAAACAUACUUAACCAUGUAUUCUCAGAAGUUAGGAUUUUCUUAUAGAAUUAUGCUGUGGAGAUCCACACAUUUUCACCCGA